UCUGGCAAGCCAGCCCCAAGAGGGAGGGAGAGUGCGGUGGGAAGGUUGGGGUUCCCACAGGGGUGGGAGUCUGGGUGCACCUCCUCCCACCCCGGCUGCUGUGUGUACACCCUGGCCGGGUGUGGGGUUUGGACGCUCACGAGUAUAGCUCUGGCUGCGUCACUUUGGGGGCACUGGAGGCCCAGUGCCUGGCUGCGUCUACACCCCACGUCCUGCUCCAACCAGAAGUUUUGGGAGAGGGCGUUGUCUCCGUUUGAGCCCUGCUUUCUAUGACGAUGGCGUCCCUCGGCCAUAUCUUGGUUCUCUGUGUGGGACUCCUCGCCACGGCCAGCGCAGAUGCUCCGCAGGAACACGAUCCAUUCACCUAUGACUACCAGUCCCUGAGGAUCGGAGGCCUAGUCAUCGCCGGCAUCCUCUUCAUCCUGGGCAUCCUCAUCAUCCUCAGCAGAAGAUGCCGGUGCAAAUUCAACCAGCAGCAGAGGACUGGGGAACCUGAUGAAGAGGAAGGAACUUUCCGCAGCUCCAUCCGCCGUCUGUCCAGCCGCAGGCGGUAGAAACACCUGGCGCGAUGGAACACAGCCAGUUCCUGCAACUCCGGCCUGCCUGGGGAGCUGCUGCAGCCGCGCCUUCACCGCCUGGACAUCCAGCAGCCCCCUGCACCGGCCCGGCAUGGCGACCCCGACCCAGGCCCCCACAGAGGCUCCUCGGGAACAUGACCCAUUUUACUAUGACUACGGCACUGUGCAGACUGUGGGCAUGACCCUGGCCACCAUACUUUUCCUGCUGGGUAUCAUCAUCAUCAUCAGCAAGAAGGUGAAGUGCAGGAAGGCGGACUCCAGGUCUGAGAGCCCAACAUGCAAAUCCUGUAAGUCAGAGCUCCCUUCCUCAGCCCCUGGCGGCGGCGGCGUGUAAGACGAGCCCCGGGCACCUCCACUGCCGUCCCUGCCCGAGCGCGGGAGCCUGAGGACCGGGUGGAGGCGGUGGGGACCCCUGCCGCGCGCCGGGGAGCGCGCCCCCGAAUGAGCCGCCCCGCCCACCCCGAGGCUGGAGCCGCUGCACCCGCUGCCCCUCCCCAGGCCUUGGCAACGGCGAUCCCCCCAAAGAGCCCGUCUGCAACCCGGACCCAGGGACUAGGGCCGCCAGCUCCUGGGAUCCUGGAGUCCACCCCACGCCCACGGAAUCCCCUCGUGCUGCUCCCCUGCACCGCCCUGUCUGCUC